CAACUCUAUUUCACAAUCGCCGCACCGCUCCGCGUAAUAAUAAGAACGUUUUCAGCCAAUUCAUUCGCGAGGCAAAAACUUAACCGAGAAAAUUCCAAACGAGGCGGCGACUUUCGGUUUCGGUUCGAUUCGAGAAACCCGGCAUCAGUAUUGUACUUCCGGGCCAAAUUGUGUCAGUGUGAAAGGCUUGGAGGCGGUGGCCACGCAAUCCGAUUCCGAUUCCGAAUCCGGGCGACCGAUCGUUGGGUAACCUAGCGCAGACCGAAGACCGAAAAACCGCCGUAGUCAUGGCGUUCCGGCUGUUUGGCACGGCCAAAACGAUGGCCGGAAUGAUGCGGCGCAACUAUGCGACGGGAAAGGUUCAUCGCACAUCUACGGGAGCCACUGGCGCCGGGGUGUACAUUAUGCCCGCGGAACUGUCCCCCCUCCUCCGGUACCUAGUCAAACAGAUCCAGCUGCUGUGCAAGAAGCCGCCCAAGGGAUUCGAGAAGUACUUCGAGGCCGGCGGCAAGUCGACUGGCCAACCCAAGGGAGCCGUCGGCGACAAGAAGCCCCCCUCGGGAGCCGCCAAAUCCGCCUCCGAGAAACCUAGCACAUCGGCAAAACCCGCCUCCGCCCCCGCCCCCGGCCAAUCCCGAUCCCAGACGGAGUCCAAGUCGGACUGGAACUUCGGGAUGUUCAGCAACAGCGCGAGGGGAGCGGCGGGAAGGGGGGCGAACACGCCGGGCGGCAGGCCGCUGGGCGAGGGCGGCGGCGGCGGCGACAGGGAGCGCUGGAUCAUCCUCGGCGCCAUCGGAGCCGUCGUCCUGGUCGGCUCCUUCGCCUUCUUCGAGAUGGGCUACAAGGAGAUCUCCUGGAAGGAGUUCGUCAACAGCUACCUGUCCAAGGGCGUGGUGGAGAAGCUGGAGGUGGUCAACAAGAAGUGGGUGCGAGUGCGUCUGCAGCAGAACAGCAACAGCGGCGGCGGCGUCUUGUGGUUCAAUAUCGGCAGCGUGGACAGCUUCGAGCGGAACCUGGAGACGGCGCAGACGGAGCAGGGAACGGAGUCCAUCAACUUUGUGCCCGUGAUCUACCGCAACGAGGUGGAGGCGGCCAGUUUGACGGGUCUGCUGCCCACGCUGCUCAUCAUCGGCUUCCUGGUCUACAUGAUGCGCAAGUCGGCGGACAUGAUGGGCGGCGGACGAGGACGCAAGGGUGGUGGCCUCUUUGGCGGCGUUAUGCAGUCCACCGCCAAGCUGACCAAUCCCACCGAGAUUGGCGUGGGUUUCAAAGAUGUAGCCGGCUGCGAGGAGGCCAAGAUCGAGAUCAUGGAGUUCGUGAACUUCCUGAAGAACCCGCAGCAGUACAUCGAUCUGGGUGCCAAGAUACCAAAGGGGGCCAUGCUGACUGGUCCGCCCGGCACGGGUAAAACGCUGCUGGCCAAGGCCACCGCCGGCGAGGCGAACGUGCCCUUCAUCACCGUGUCCGGGUCCGAGUUCCUCGAGAUGUUCGUGGGCGUUGGUCCGUCGCGAGUGCGCGACAUGUUCGCCAUGGCGCGCAAGCACGCUCCCUGCAUCCUCUUCAUCGACGAGAUCGACGCCGUGGGCCGGAAGCGCGGCGGCAAGACCUUCGGCGGUCACUCGGAGCAGGAGAACACGCUCAACCAGCUGCUGGUCGAGAUGGACGGCUUCAAUACCACCACGAACGUGGUUGUGCUGGCGGCCACCAAUCGUGUGGACAUUCUGGACAAGGCUCUCAUGCGACCGGGUCGCUUUGAUCGGCAGAUCUAUGUCCCAGCGCCCGACAUCAAGGGCAGGGCGAGCAUCUUCAAGGUGCAUCUGGGUAGCCUGAAGACCACGCUGGACAAGAACGAUCUGAGCAGGAAGAUGGCGGCUCUGACGCCGGGAUUCACGGGCGCCGACAUAGCCAACGUGUGCAACGAAGCUGCCCUGAUCGCCGCCCGCGACUCCAAGGACUCGAUUGUCCUAAAGCACUUCGAGCAGGCCAUCGAGCGUGUAAUCGCUGGCAUGGAGAAGAAGACCAAUGUCCUGGCGCCGGAGGAGAAGCGAACGGUGGCGCACCACGAGGCCGGCCAUGCGGUGGCCGGCUGGUUCCUGGAGCACGCCGAUCCCCUGCUCAAGGUCUCGAUCAUCCCGCGCGGCAAGGGCUUGGGCUAUGCCCAGUACCUGCCCAAGGACCACUACCUGCUGUCCAAGGAGCAGCUGUUCGAUCGCAUGUGCAUGACCCUCGGCGGCCGCGUGGCCGAGGAGCUGUUCUUCAAUCGCAUCACCACGGGUGCCCAGGACGAUCUGAAGAAAAUCACCGACAUUGCCUACUCCCAGGUCGUGCGCUUCGGCAUGAACGAGAAGGUGGGACAGGUCAGCUUCGAUGUGGGCCAGGCCGGCGAUCCCGUCUUCAGUAAGCCCUACUCCGAAGACACAGCUCAGCUGAUCGAUGGCGAGGUGAGGUCGAUUAUCAAGUGCGCCCACGAAGCCACCACUGGUCUGCUGACCAAGCACAAGGAGGAUGUGAAAAAAGUGGCCGAGCGACUGCUCCAAAACGAGGUGCUCAGCCGAGAUGACAUGAUCGAGCUACUGGGACCGCGGCCCUUCAAGGAGAAGUCCACCUACGAGGAGUUCGUCGAGGGAACCGGCUCCUUCGAGGAGGACACCACCCUGCCCGAAGGCCUCAAGAGCUGGAACAAGGAGAAGGAGCGCACGGAGCCCCUGGACGCCGGCAGCACGCCCACCUCGCCGCCCACCAAGCCCGUAACUGCCCAGAGCAGUUAGGCCGGGACCCAAGAUGCCUUGGUGGAUGGGGAGUUUCCGAGUGGCAGUUCGACGAGGGUGCCGACAUCUCUUUGUUUCUGUUGUAAUCCCUAAUCGCGAACCGGAGAAAGACCCGACCUGUGGCGCAAACAGAGGGGCUGGAGGAGUUCGUAAACCUCCUGGAGUCCCACUUCUCCACGACGCGUUCAUCAUUGUUUUUGCAUAUUUUUAAGAUAGCCCCAUGGAUAAUACCUCGUUCCUGUGUUGAGCAUAUAAGCGCUAGCCCGUACUAAAUUUCCCGUUUGCCGUAAUUUCAACCUGUCAGUGUGGGAAAAAGAAAUUAAACGAUGUUUUGAAGUCGAUAAAUAUUCAA